UAACUUGUCCCAAACUUUCACGACACUCGCCGCUCUCUACUAUGGAUAACGAUCACGAAGACUUUGCCCCGUCGACUACCCCCGGAUACAAGCCUGGUGCUGCCAAAUCCGCCGACGAAUAUGCCAAUCUCGAUGCCGAAGAUGAGAGUCUUGCGCGUUGGAAGGCGUCUCUCGGUAUCGUCCCUGGUGCUACUGGUGGCAACGCAUCUGGUCCCAAGGUCACCAUCCUCACUCUGGAGCUCGAUGCCCCGUCUCUUCCCGCAGGCAAGAAGAUCUCCUUUGACCUCAAAGAUACCGAGAGGCUUGCCGACACCAAGAAGAACCCCAUUACCAUCAAGGAGGAUUCCGAGUAUAACGUCCGCAUUACUUUCAAAGUGAACCACUCCAUAAUAUCCGGCGUGCGAUACAUCCAGGUUGUCAAGCGCUCCGGACUCAAAGUGGACAAGCUCGAACAGAUGCUGGGGUCGUACGGACCGCACCCGAAGGGUGAGGCUUACGUGAAGAACUUCGACACCGACCACUCGCCGGGCGGCAUGAUCGCGCGCACUGGGACGUACAAUGUGAAGAGCCGCGUUAUUGACGACGACGGUGAAGUCUAUGCCGACUGGGAAUGGAGCUUCAAGAUCGGUAAAGAAUGGUAAUCCCCCAUCUCCUGUCUCCUCGUCUCCUUCGAGAAUUGCUGGGUUAGUUGGUGGCGAAUGUAGCACGGAUACAACUUGGGUGCAUUUGAUGAGUAGUUAGUUCCACGGCGCGCCUUAAUUAACGCGUCUUUCCAAAUGGGGAUGUAAAUGUUCUCAAUAAGCUUUGCUGGACAGUCUCCGAAUCCGGUCUCAAGUGGAGAGGGCCUGGGCUCAUUCUCGCCAUUUCACAUUAUCUCGAAUGGGCGUUUUCGAUCCGCGGCCGAAUCGACUUGUGUGUCCCUCAAUGCAGGCUUCGUCUGACGCGAAUGGAGAAGGAGAUUGAUACAGAGUAAAUGACACCGAAAGCACCGAGUUGCUUAGGUGUUGGUGAUCGAGACGUUUGGAGAACGAGCUGUUCUGAUUGCCAUCAUCACAACUAAUUACACUUCGUAUACUCAGUCUACCCGGUACCGCCAUGGCAGUUCCCGGCAAGCCGACGUACAUCUACAAGAUCGUCGCAUAUACUUCGCCGAUCCCCGACCCCGUUCCUGACGAACUGCCGUUGAGCGAACUGGAUGCCCAGGACGGAUUCAUGCACUUUUCGACGGCGCGUCAAGUUCCUCGCACACUCAUGAGGUACUUCACAAACGACCCGAGCGUGACGAUCAUUCGAAUCGACUAUUCGAAAGUCGAGCAUGAGGUCAAAUGGGAGGAUCCUAAAGGGAGAGCUCCAGGGGAGGUGGGGGGUGAGAACGUGUUCCCACAUAUCUACGGCCGUUCCUUGCGCUCUUCAGACCUCGAGAGCGUCGUGACAUGGCCGUCAGAAGGUGGCUGGGAUGCAGUAUUGACCAAAGCGGAGGUCGAAGCGUGGUUGGUGUAUUGAUGUUCACGAGAGAAAUGCACAAAGAAAUUAUAUUCUUCCUGGAUGGAAUUGCAUGAAGGUCGCAAUGUACAGAGCUCAGAAGUCGAUGAGAGGCAACAGGUGGAUCGGAGUAAUGAUUGGGCGAAAGCAGGUGGCAAAUGUUGACAUAACAAAUCAGUAUGUGCCUUGCUCUUUCCGCACAUCAGCCAUGCCACUUUUCGAAGUACCUGGAUGGACGGUGACGAGUGCGCCUCUAUCUACUCCUACAACGCCAGGAGGAUCCCGGAAGCGUAAAAGGCCCUCUGAUGAGCGAAAUUCGCUCGACCUUGACCUGCAAAGUCUGGUGAAAAAACAUCGGCGCGUGGAUGGAGAUGCGGACGCUUCCUCAACUCUCUCGCGUGGCGCAAGCCGUGUCAAGUCGCUGGUGAAAGGCUCUGUUGACCGCAAGCGUCGGAAAAAGGCGGAGGCGUUGGAAGCCAAGAAGAAGACGAUAUCUCUACCUAAAGCGCUGCAACCUUCGGGAGCACGCAAACGCCAACCCGCACCACCCUCUCCAUCAUCAUCUGUCUCAUCUGCCCCCGAAUUCGUUCAUCCAUCCGAAUCUGAAGCCAUGCAAUUGUCUGUCAUCGAGGAGGACAGUGUGGCAGAAAUUGAAAUGGAGGACGAGAAGCCGCCGGCCCCACCAACCAAGUCAGAAUCACGCCUGACUGCUAUGCAAGCAACAAUGAAGAAGAGUUUAGAAGGGGCUCGAUUCAGGAUGAUUAACGAGACGCUGUACAAAACGGACAGUAAGCGUGCGCACGACAUGAUGCGACAAGAGCCAUCCAUGUUUGAGGAUUAUCACAGUGGAUUCCGACAUCAAGUCCAGUCGUGGCCCACGAAUCCAGUCCAGCACUACAUAUCCUUGCUGUCCAGAUAUCCCUCGAGAACAGUCAUCGCUGAUCUCGGUUGUGGGGAUGCAGCUAUGGCCCAGGAACUUGGGCCUAAAGGGUUGAAUGUACUAUCCUUCGAUCUUGUUUCUGACGGGACGUAUGUCGUCGAAGCCGACAUCUGCGAGCGGAUUCCAAUGCCUGGAUCGGAACCGACGGAAGGCGGGAAAUCUGAAGGAAAGGGACAAGUGGUUGAUGUUGCAAUAUGUGCGCUCAGUUUAAUGGGGACGAACUGGCCGAACUGCAUUCGUGAGGCGUGGAGGAUUCUCAAGCCUGGAGGAGAACUGAAGAUUGCCGAAGUCGCGAGUAGAUUCACGGAUGUCGAUGAAUUCAUCAAUGUCGUCACUUUCGUGGGCUUCAAACUGAAAUCUAAGAACGACUCAAACUCUCACUUCACUUUGUUUGAAUUCGUCAAAGUUUCUCGCACGGUUAAGAAGGACAAGGAGUGGACCAGCCUCAUGGCCAGGGGUAACGCUUUGAAACCAUGCGAGUACAAAAGGAGAUAGAUUAGAUUAGAUAAUUUUAAUGAUGACAUCAGCACGCCUCUUGUCGUCUGUCCACAACUCGCGCCAUGCCUCAAGUUAACGUCCUUUCUCAUCCGAUUGCCAAUGCUGAGCUAUCCAAGCUCCGCAAGAGGACAGCGACCCCGAAAGAUUUCCGAGAAGGUGUUCACAAGAUCAGCCUAAUCCUGGGAUUGGAAGCCAGCCGCGGGCUCGAAGAGGAAACGUUUACCGACGUGAAUCCAGUCUCACAGGAAUCCAUGUCCUCCUCAUAUCGACUUGCAGGAUUCGCCUAUCGCGUCUUCACUGGAUCGUCCAUCAAACCUCGGAUCGGUCUGACUCCCAUUCUGCGAGCGGGGCUAGGAAUGACGGAUGCUCUGGUACGCCAUCAUCAUACCUCGAAUUCGACCGCUAUACGGCAGCCUGAUUCCAAUCUAGCUCACUCUCUUCCCGUACGUUGCCGACCCAUCCCCGAGUUCUGACCGAAGUCAUUCUUACUUCUCCAGCGACGCACCUGUGUAUCACCUGGGCCUGUUCCGAGAGAAAGUGUCACUGCAGCCGGUCGAAUACUAUUCCAAGUUGCCGUCCUCUCCGCCGAUUGAUACAGUCUACCUUCUCGAUCCGCUCAUCGCUACCGGAGGGACUGUAUGCGCGGCGUUGAAUAUGAUCACAGAUUGGGGGAUGCCUAUCACGAAGGUGAAGCUGCUGUGUGUUUUGGCCUCACAGGAAGGUCUGCACAUGUCCAGGCUGAAUACCCCGAGCUCGAG